CGUCGUUUGAGGCUUUGUUACCAGUACAAUAAACCCCCCUCAAAGAAAAAGAAUGCCAUGGUAUAUUAAACCCCAAAAAACCCUUCGAACCCCGUCUACUCGCCUGUCUGACCCAGUGCUCAUUGUCCAAACAUAUCCAUGGCUCAAUUCAACCUUUUCCAACUCCCCGAGGAGCUCAUCCUUCAAGUCAUCGAAUACCUCCCAGCAGCCGACCUAGCCUCCUUCCUGAGAACCUCCAAAACAUCCUGGCGCAUCUCCAUAAAAACUGCCGAAAAAUACCCUAUCAGAAAGAUACUAACGCAAUUCAAACAGGCCAGUAUCGAUAACAACACCGAAAGAAUGCUCGCCCUCCUCCUCAUAAUCCGACACAUCAACACAAAGCGCAACCCUGCCGUCGGCUACGAAGCCCUUGCCCAAGCCUGCAUGGGCCCCUCAGCCAAAGCCGUCUGGCUCCUGGUCAACGACGGCGUCCCCUACGCAGACCCCGGCGACCUCUGCACGACGGGGAUAACGGGGCGGUACGAGUGCACGCCCCUCAUGUACGCCAUGUACAAUACCAACCCGGCGCCGCUGCUGGUCCUGCUGGACUUUGUCGCGCGCGGGGAUCGGCGGACGAAUGACUCCCACGGGGCGGGGGCUUGUCCGCCGCAUGUCCAUGCGCAAUGGGCGCUUAGGCUUGCUGUGGAUUGUAGCAAUACGGCGAUGGUUGAGAGGUUGUUAGCGGGGCAGGGGUACGGGGUCGACGUGAACUAUACCUAUACGCGCCAGGCGGGCGGGGGCGGCACUGUGCUUCUAUUCGCUGCGAAAGGGGGUAACAAGUAUGUUGUCGAGGCUCUGCUAAAGUAUGGCGCGGAUAUCCAUGCGCGCCAUCCGGGGAACGGGUGGAGUGCGUUACACUAUGCUGCGGCGAAGGGCCACGAUGAUGUUGUUAAGCGAUUGCUCGAGGCAGGAGCCGACGUUCACUGCGCCGAGCCAUUGAUGGGACAUACGCCUCUGCUCCUCGCUGCGGGACACGGCCACGACGAGGUGGUUGAUGUUCUGAUCCAGCGCGGUGCGAGGAUAAACCACCAGAAUAUCCUCGGCCGUAGCGCGCUGUCCAUCGCCGCGGCGAUCAAUGAUCCCGGUGUUGUGAGUACACUCUUGGACUAUGGAGCUGACGCUGCGCAGGUCUGUUGCAAGGGUCACACGGCGCUGUCGUAUGCUAUUGGACGAAACAGCUGGGGGUCUAUGGGGUUGCUUGCUGAUGCGUUGUGUUUAUCGGUCAAUGAACAUGCUCUUGGUACGGGGCCGUUGGAUUACACGACGCGGAGGUUCUAUAAGCGGGGGAACCAGAGCAGGGACUCGGAUAUUCGCGAGUUGGCCGAGAUUGUUGGGUAUGAGCUUACGGGAAAUGCCAAACGUGAUGCGCAUUGGUUGGAGUGUGAGUUUGAGGCGUUUGUGGAUUUUGAUCUUUACGACGCUCCUAUAGCGUCGGAUGACGAGAAUGAAGACGAAGAGGAGGACAGCGAUGAGGAUGAGGAUGUCAUGGAGACUGAUCAGGAUUCCCAAGCGUAA